CGCAGCCAGCACAGAGCGAGCAGCGUCCCCCCUCUCUGAAGCCAACUGCUGCCGCUCCGUCCGACUUCUCCGUCGUGGCGACAACAACGGCGAUGGGGGGGUUGUUUUGAUUAAAGUUGACGGAUUUUUUUCUUAUAUAUAUUUUAAACGUUUUAUUCCGGCAACUGUUGCGCUGAACUCCAGGAUGUUUUAUGUUUUUUUUCCUACGCCUUUGCCUGUACCUCCAUGCCCUCCCUCCUCCCCGCACAGUGAGGAGAAACUAACUUGGGAAUAACCGAUCUCAGAAGCUGGAGCAACUUUUAAACGGAGCUGACCUAUGCUAAGCUAACCCCGCUAGUUUGAAAGUUUUAAAAACUUUUCUAACACGGGAUUUAAGUGGUUUAAGAGGAGAUUUACGAGCGACUUUUCAGAGAGAGAAACCUUGUAACCUCGGUGCCUCGUUUUUUUUUUCUUUCUGCCGGAGCGGACGGCCGGUGCAGGUGCACCUCCUGCGGCACCUGCGAAAAACGUUGGUAACCAACGGUAGAGCGAGCUAAUGUUAGCUCGUUCACGUUAGCAUUAAGCAGAUAAAAGUUUGUUGACUAAUGUUUUUUGUUUUUUUUUAGACUUAUAACACGUUAUUUCCCAGCUUUAUGUUGCCGUUUAACCGUCAGCCCACAGCACAAACUGGUGACAUUAGUUUUUCGGCUAACCGUAGCCUAGGCUGGCUAGUUGUUGACCCUCGUACACCGGAGUGGCGACGUGGAUAACGUCCCGGGGUGAGACACUCUCUCUCUCUCUCUCUCUCCCACAGGACUUUGGACACGGUGUUUUUGGCUCUGCUGUGGGCUGUGCAGGGAAAUCCCCCUCUGUUCUCAUCAGCUGUGACAGCAUGAGGAUUUCAAAAAGUCACUUUUUACGGUUUUAAAAGUUUUUUUUUUUUUUCAUUUUGUCCUAAAAGCUCAGCACCCUAUGGUGCCGCUACGGCCACCGAGAAAUGGAUGUCUCGCAGGCCGCUUUCCCAAACGGUGAAGGGCGGCCAGGCGGCGGUGGCGGCGGCGGUGGUGGUGGUGGGACCGGCGGGGGACAUGCCUGGACUGAGUCCCCCACAGUUCGGGCGUGGGCUCACUCUGCCCCGCUGUGCCCGACUCGGUCCCUGUGGACAGCCGCGUAUGACUAUGAGGCAAGCGGCGAGGACGAGCUCAGCCUCAGACGAGGGGACGUGGUGGAGGUCCUGUCUAAGGACGCAGCUAUCUCCGGGGAUGAGGGCUGGUGGACGGGUAAAAUCAACCACCGGGUCGGGAUUUUCCCCUCCAACUAUGUCACCUAUCAGCCUGCUAUAUACCGUCUUCCCGCUACGAGUGGGUCAGUGGGGGUACCAGAGAGAGGCCCGAGCUCGCCUGUCCAGAUCCCGUUCAGUGAACUGGUCCUAGAGGAGAUCAUCGGCGUGGGUGGAUUUGGCAAAGUUUACCGGGGCACAUGGAAGGAUCAGGAGGUUGCCGUGAAGGCGGCUCGGCAAGACCCAGACGAGGACAUAACAGCCACCGCCGGCGGUGUUAAACAAGAAGCGAAACUUUUCUCCAUGCUGCAGCACCCCAACAUUAUUAAACUGGAGGGAGUCUGUUUGGAUGAGCCCAACCUGUGCCUGGUCAUGGAGUAUGCCCGAGGCGGGACACUGAACCGGGCGUUGACCGGAAGGCGCAUCCCUCCACACAUCCUGGUCAACUGGGCCGUGCAGAUUGCACGCGGGAUGCACUACCUACACGAGGAGGCCGUGGUACCCAUUAUCCACCGUGACCUGAAGUCUAGCAACAUUUUAUUACUUGAAAAGAUUGAGAAUGACGACAUUGGGAGGAAGACCUUGAAGAUCACAGAUUUCGGCCUGGCCAGGGAGUGGCACAAAACCACAAAAAUGUCAGCUGCAGGCACGUACUCCUGGAUGGCCCCCGAGGUCAUCAAGUCAUCUCUCUUCUCCAAAGGCAGUGACGUCUGGGGCUAUGGUGUCCUGCUGUGGGAGCUGUUAACAGGGGAGGUGCCGUACCGUGGGAUAGACGGCCUGGCUGUGGCUUACGGUGUGGCAGUAAAUAAAUUAACUCUACCAAUCCCCUCCACUUGCCCUGAACCCUUCGCCAAGCUCAUGGAAGAGUGCUGGGAUCAGGACCCCCAUGUGCGUCCCUCCUUCUCCUGCAUCCUGGAGCAGCUGUCGGCCAUCGAGGAGGCGGUAAUGGCCACGAUGCCUCAGGACUCCUUCCACAGCAUGCAGGACGACUGGCGUGUGGAGAUCCAGGAGAUGUUUGAUGAGCUCAGGACCAAAGAGAAGGAGCUACGUUCCAGAGAAGAGGAGCUGACGCGGGCCGCCCUCCAGCAGAAGUCUCAGGAGGAGCUGCUGAAGCGUCGGGAGCAGCAGCUGGCAGAGCGGGAGAUCAACGUGCUGGAGAGAGAGCUCAACAUCCUCAUUUUCCAGCUCAACAAAGACAAGCCCAACGUGAAGAAGAGGAAAGGCAAAUUCAAACGUUCACGCCUUAAACUGAAGGAUGGAAACCGCAUCAGCCUGCCCUCAGACUUCCAGCAUAAGAUCACUGUUCAGGCGUCGCCUUCCAUGGACAAGCGGCGCAGCCUUCACAGCACCAGCUCUUCUCCUCCCAGCAGCCCCACGCUCAUCCCCCGGCUACGAGCCAUUCAGCUGACGUCUCGUAUGCAGAGGGACAGUUUGCAUGUUUACCAACAGGAUGUUGAUCUGACCAGCGAGCUCACAGCCUGUUGUGGGCUCACGAGGAAAGUUACUCAAGAUGAGAGCAACCGUACAUGGGGCCGCAGCACCCUCUACAGGCCAGAGGAGUUCGAUGACGUGAAAAAGGGAAUCAAGAAGAAAGGAAGGACCUGGGGCCCGAGUUCAGUGCAGAGCAAAGAGAGGCCUGCUGCUGAGAGAGUUCGUCCUCUGUCAGACGGCAGCAACCCGUGGUCCACCAGCCUGGUCAAGUCCCAGAAGUCUGUCCCCCUUGCUGCUCUGUUUGCUGAACAAGCAGGGACCGGUAAAGACGAGGCGUUCCCCCAGGAAUGUCCUGACAGCAGCUCCAAGCCAAAGCAGCUCAAGUUCCCCAACCAGGUGUACAUCGAUCUACCUCUGUGGAGGGACGAGCAGCAGCCUCAGAGCCCCGGUGGGCAUUGUGGGCCGGGAGACGCCGGGGUCGGGUCGGGAGGUCAGAAUGGCCCACCAGAGACCACAGACGAUCCCUACACCACCACGUCCACCUCGUCCACCUCGACCACCCCGCAGCUCACCCCCACCAACAGCCUGAAGCGGACGUCGGCUCGCCGCAAGACUGACUCCGUGCUGUACGGCUGCGGCUCGUUGCUGGCUUCAGUCGUGCUCGGUUAUGACAUUAGGGAGGCUCUCAAAAACUCCACCCCCGGGGAUGAUUGCGAGCCCCAGCGCGAGGAGAAAGAGAAGAAGAAGAAGGAGGGCCUGUUUCAACGGGCCACGCGCUUCCGCCGCAGCACCUCGCCGCCGAGCGGACGCCCCCGCAAAGAUGAGGCAUUGUCAAACCACGUCUCCACCCAACCUGUCAAUCUCAUCUCCAUGUCCGCUAUCAUGGAGUGCAACUCCACAAAGUGUCUCUUACAGUCCGAGGUGGCGGUGUCAGAGUCCAGCCCCGGGAAGGUCGAGCUUGUGGCUGUCAAUCAUCAAACGGAGCCAUCCAGACCCGGCCCAGUGGCUCUUACAGAAGGCCAGAAUAACAGGACAGCAGCAAACACGCAGACAGCAGUGCAAACCCAAAGCCAGCCACCAGAGCAGAGCAACCACAACACAGGAACGCGUCUACGCAGAAAGAAAUACACCACCAACCACAAUACCAACGGCCCACCCGCUCUGCCUCCUCCAGCCACACCGAAGAAGCAGGAGAAAGAGAAGGAUGGAGCGUCAGAGAAGCCAUCAGGCGGCGAGGCCUUCUCCAGACCACGGCCAGUGUCGUUCCGGGCCAAACCCCACGCCUGGGCCCUGCUGCGAGGACGCAACAAGAGCUACUCCCUGGGCCACUACUCCGGAGAGAAGACGGCGCAAAACCUAAACGUGGUGCUGUCGACAGAGGUGGGGAUGGGCUGCUCCCUGCUGGACAUGGACACAGAGGGCCAGAAACGAGAUUGCACUGUGCCGCUGUGCCGCAUUCAGAGCUCCCCGGCACGGCCCUCCGUCUUCGAGCUGGAGAAAGAGUUCCUGUCUUGAAAAGUGAUCUGCCGUGGUCGUAGUUCAUCUUAUACAAUCUAGAGUGUUCCACAGCAUACAGACAGCUGCAGGGUUUUUUUUGGGCCUUAAACUCCUGGAGGGUUUCGAACCGGGCUGCAUUUUUAAAAUUGUCGUUCUAUAACAUAGAACCCAGCUUUGUCUUAGGUCUAGAACAUAGCGGCGUCAGUGUUCUAGAGCGUAACCAAGUCGGAGACCUCCAGAAAGACCUCUGCGUCACAGGAGUCUCCAGAACGUGGACCCUCAUCUCAGUCGGUCUCUCAACACGUGAGGCCUUACACACUGCCUUGUCUCAUUCUUGAACACACACACACACACACACGGUUCUGAAACGUUGCAGAGCUGGAUCAGCAGCUCCUCUCGGUGCUCGACUGCCACCUUCUGUUCGCUCACCUCUCUCUCUCUCUGUCUUUGUUACCCUCUUCCUUUCUGUCGGUGCAGCUAAACGUUGACCGCUGCUGCAGCUUUUUUUUUUUUUUUUCUCGCAACACAAUACCCUCACCUUUUUAUUUAUAUAUAUAUUUUUAUAGGUAAUUUAAUAUGAAGAGACUUAACCUUACCUUAGCAUCCAGAAGGACAUACAUUCCGUAUCAGUUUCAAAGUUGUGCGAUCACGCUUUUAGUUUUUUUUUUGUUGUUGUUGUUUUUUGACUUGAGAAUCAUGCAUGCAUGUACCCUUAAAAUGUUGAACAAAAAAAAAAUAAUUAUGCCUUGUCUGUAAAUAUUUCUUUUUAUUCAUUCUCAGCCUGAUGUUGGCAGUUGUUUUGUAUUGCAUAUAUGCUGUUUUAUGAGCGACGUUGCAGUAUAGUUUGUUGUUUUUUGGGACAGGUUACAUAAGCAAGGAUGCAAGUAUGUUUCCUCCCAGAAAGCCCUGACGAUUUAUUUUUAGAGAUGCAGGUAGAAAAAAGAAAAAAAAGAACACUGGAAGUCCUUCAAAGCAAACAUGGAAACUAAAUUUUAAAUGACCGUUGCGGUCGUGCGUUGCUAAUAUGGAUUUUUCUAAGAGUAUUUAUAGAAAUGUUUGUUUUUUGGUUUGUUUCCGAUACUCGGGGAAACAGCCACAGAUUUUCAUGUCAGGAAAAGCUGCCCCAAAUGAAUUAAUUCAUAAUCUAAUCCCUUUGACACAGCAUAAUUCAAAUCUUGGAAGAUUUACUACACAGCCCGGGAGUGACCACACAGGAGAAUUAUUAUUUUAAGACACUGUUAGUGACCAAAUGGCAAUACUUGUACCCCGUGUCUUCAAGUACUAAAGUUUAAUUUAGUUCCUCGUUCUUAUCGUGUGCACGCGAUUUUAGAAUUUAUGCAAACACUUUUUUUUUUUUAAAGCGCAACUUCUCUGAUCAGGUGCUUCUUCGUGAAGAUGUUCUCACUACUGACAGACUCCUCGCUCUACUACAGGUUAUAGUUUGACCAUCCACACUUGUUAUAUCACUCAAAGUUCGGAGGGUCCGAGUUGGGUUUACGAGAUAACCAAGAGGUCGGGGACAGAGGAAAAAGGGCCGUUCUAGUCAACAUUAAAACCCCACCGGGAGCAGCGGGUCUGAUUCAAAAUAAAACGCGCUGUCCAAACUUCAGGUUGUAAAAACAGCCAAAAGGAAAAUAAUAACUAUGUAGCAUAUUUAGUAAUGUUAGAAGCACAUAAACAAGAAAAAAUGACCAAAUCUGAGCAACUUAAAGUUUUCUGAAACACUCGAAACAUCGACGUGACAGACGUGCCUGGCGGAGUUUCUAUCUCCGCAUCUCAGAUUUCACCCUCAUCCUAAAUGCACUGCGUUUAACUGAUCUGACGUCUGGUUGAGUAGCUUAUCUUUUAUUUUAACAUAUUUAUAUUUUUAUUUUGAACACUUUCCCCACAGUUACUAUCUCCUAAAGCUCUCAGGAAGGUGUGGAGGCAUUUUGUGGACAAAAUCUGGCUCAAGAGUGAAGACACAGUUUAUCUUACAUUAUAAUGUAAACCUCAGGAUUAACAAAGGAUUAAGAAAACUGAUUUGUUUCAUAGAUUUUCUUCUGGACCUCUGUGAGCAGUACGGAGGUCUGACUAUGCAGGAUAUACACUGUAUCCACUUCCACGGUCACUCCCGGGCUCCCUCUCUCUGAACAUGAUUAUACCCCCUCAGCUUUUUAAUCGCCGUCUUCCUUCAGUCUGUUUGAGAAGUUCGUCCCACUUUCUUUUUUUUUUUUAAAGGACAAAGCAAAAGGCUCAUUUAACAGCAAGAUAUGAAUUCCCAAAUGGUGUAAAUAUAACUGUGAUUCCUGAUGUGUGUGUCACUGUGGCAUCUUACGAUGAUUUAGAAUGUGAAGUUCUGUAUUUUAUGACCACUGACUGUCAAACCAACACUGUAAAGGCCUUACUAAUCAUCGAGCUGUUUCAAAGGUGCAGGUUACAAGCCAAGACAUCACUGGAUCUCACCCACUGAGGGUGAUCUGUGAAUCCUAUAAUGCACUGGUGCUGUACAUUCCCCUCAAAAUAUUGUGUUUCAGUUUGAAGCUGGAGUCUGCAGUUUGUCGUCCACAGUCACAAAUCCUUGUUGGCUGGUGGUUAACACAAAGGUCUGUGUAUAAACAAAUAAUAAACAUUCCACAUUAGAGAAUAUUUGUUAUGAAUAUGGUGCAUUCAGGCUACGGGACCAAAUCCAACUCUUACCAGCACGAACGGCCUCUCCGCAUUCAGGACCAAAACCACUAAAUGAACUAGCUGCUAGUGAGGAGUUCUUACAAAGAAAAACGACUCCGUACGAAAAAAAACUUCAGAGGCUCAAACGCGAUGCGGUGCUGUUGCUUAAAAAAAAGUCCCAUCACCUUCUGAUCGAACAACGAGACUUCCUGUCAAAGUGCAACGCUUCCUUUAAAUCACUGAACGUCUGCGUCACUGAAUGUGUCAGAUUUUAGCUUUGAUCUGUUUCAGUGAACGUUUUUCUUUUGUUUUUUUAUCAUUACAGUAUUGGUUAUUUCACAGCUGAUUGAUCAAGAGUAUCAAGUUUAUCAAUAUUUUGAAUAAAGUCGAAAUCAAGACUAA